GCAGGCUGCCCCGAGUAUGGGUGAAAUGUCUUCGUCUGGAAACGGUUCUGAUGCAACCAAACGGCCUGGAACACCGCAAAUAACACCAUCAGAGCUCAGCCGUCCAGCUAACUUACAAAGAAUUGCCCAGAGGAAAGCGCAAAUAAAGACCUAUCCGAUCAGAAAAAAGCUAGAAAAGCUGGGUGUAUAUUCAUCAUGUAAAGCUGAAGAUUCUUGUAAAUGUAAUGGCUGGAAGAAUCCUAACCCACCACCGACACCAACCAGAGUGGAUCUUUCUCAACCUCUGGCAAACCUAACAGACCCAUGCCGCAGCUGUGGCCACACCUUAGGAGCACACAUCUCUCAUUUACAUGACAUUCCAGAAGAUGAACUGAACCGACUUCUCUGCAUGGUCAUUGAUGUGGAGAACUUAUUUAUGUGUGUGCACAAGGAGGAAGAUGCUGAUACCAAACAAGUUUACUUUUACCUAUUUAAAAUUCUGAGAAAGGGAAUUCUGCAGAUGUCAAAUGUAACAGUGGAAGGUCCUCUUGGUACACCUCCAUUUGAGAAGCCAAGCAUUGGAAAGGCUGUCCUAAACUUUGUGCUGUACAAGUUUGGUCACCUUCCACAAAGGGAGUGGCAGAUAAUGCAUGAUCUAGCCAAGAUGUUUUUACAUUGCUUGAAUCACUGGAAACUUGAGACACCGACUGUAAAGAAACAGCACUCCCAGGGUGAAGAACUUGCUGCAUAUAAAGCCAAUUACACAAGAUGGCUAUGCUACUGUCAAGUUCCUGUGUUCUGUGACAGUUUAAAGAAAUAUGAUCCCACUGCUGUGUUUGGAAGGACACUUUUAAGAUCAGUGUUCUCGGUCAUGAGAAGACAGCUGUUGGAGAAAUUCAGAGCAGAGAAAGACAAAAUGCCACCUGAUAAGAGAACUAUUGUUUUGACUCACUUUCCAAGAUUUCUGUCAAUGUUAGAAGAAGAGGUAUAUGGUGAGAAUUCUCCUGUAUGGGAAGACGACUUCACUGUUCCUCAGUCACUCUCUCUGGGUCCAUCAAGAUUUGUUUCUCCUUUGACUCCAUUAACAGAUAAAGGGGAUUCCCUGGUAGCUACAGCCAGCUCUGCGGUUGGCUCAAGUUUAACUUCAAUGUCAUCUAUGCUUCAACUUUCAAGUUCAACCUCACCAACAGAAGACUUGACUGGAGUGACUGGUGAGAAAAGGAGUUCUGAGGAUGAUGGAAGUGUUGAUAACAGCGCUAAGAGGCAGAAGUUGGCAGGGGAUGUGCCUGUUGAAGUUCUAACUCAGAUUGUGGAAACAAUAUCAGACCCUUCUGCCAUGCUGAAACACAAGACUUUAGCUCUGGUUAAGGACAACAAACCCAUUGGUGGAAUUUGCUUUCGUAUGUUCCCCACUCAGAAUUUCACAGAAAUCGUGUUCUGUGCCGUGACCUCGAAUGAGCAAGUCAAGGGCUAUGGAACACAUCUAAUGAACCACCUCAAGGAUUAUCACGUCAAACACUCCGUUCUGAAUUUUCUCACCUAUGCCGACGAGUACGCGAUAGGUUAUUUCAAAAAACAGGGGUUUAGUAAGGAUAUUAGAAUGCAGAAGUCAUCCUACAUUGGUUACAUUAAAGACUACGAAGGUGCCACGUUAAUGCAUUGCGCCAUCAAUUCAAGAAUUCAGUACACUGAAUUUUCCACGAUCAUAAGAAAACAGAAAGAGAUCGUCAAACAACUGAUGGAGAGGAAACAGACUGAAAUCCGUAAAGUGUACCCCGGGCUCAAGUGUUUUCAGGAAGGAGUGAGACAAAUCCCUGUAGAGAGUAUACCAGGAAUCCGUGAAACGGGAUGGAAGCCAUCUUUGACUAAGAGUGAGGAUGACACAGCUGACGCUGACCACCUGCAGACUCAACUGAAAAACAUCCUUACGCAAGUCAAGAAUCAUGCCAGUUCGUGGCCUUUUCAAAGACCAGUGGAAAUCUCUGAAGCACCAGAUUAUUAUGAUCACAUAAAAUACCCAAUGGAUCUUCGCACUAUGACCGAGAGGUUGAAGAGUGGUUAUUUCAGCUCGAAGAAGCUGUUUAUCGCCGACAUGAUGAGAAUUUUCACUAACUGCCGAACGUACAAUGCUCCCGAGACUGAGUACUACAAGUGCGCCAAUACGGUGGAGAGAUUUUUCCUAAGUAAAGUUAAGGAACUCAGAAAGACAAGCUAAGCUGAAACUUUUCCUUCUGAAACUUUUCCUUGUGCUUUCAAAACAUUAUAUUACAAGCAACCACGCCGAAAUAAUGAUUUUGUUUUGAAUUCUCUUUACAAAAUUUACAAGAAAACUUGCCCGCAGCAAGGAGGUAGAAUUGCCAAAUAAAUCGGGAUUCGUAGAUUUAUUUUAGAAACGCGCCGUCUCACGAAUAAAAAACGCAACAUCUUUUCCAGGGUCUCUCGUCCUCUUGCUUCAGAGGACGUGAAAUGAUGUAAAGAGGCCUAACAUGGAAAUGAAAAAGAAUGGAAGAAUGAAUUUAAAAUGAAAAGAAAAACAGGAAACUAAGAGUUGAAUUUCAAAUUUUAUUCACUAUUUUAAAAAUUAAUUAAUAACUGAUACAGUCAAAUGUACAUAGUCAUUCCCUCAGUAUAAAUAUGUAUAAA